AUGGACAUGACCGACCUGUCUCCCAUCAUGGACGAAAAGAACCUCAUGUUCGGUCAGCACCCCGGCAUGUACAAGAUGGAGCCCGGCUGGCACACCCCCACGAGCAUGGAGGGUGCCAUGACCAGAAACCCGUCCAUAUCGUCUGGUCUUGCGAUGCUCGGUGUCGAUGACACAACCCCCCGAGACCAAGAUCCGACAGCGGACAUGUACGGAGGCGGCAUGCCCUGGACACCUCCUACAGACUUCUCUGCAGCGCCGUAUCCCGAUAUGACGAUGGCCACCGCACACAUGAACCCUCACCAUGGGCGCUCCCAGUCUAUGGAAAUGGCCAUGGCAGCCCAUAUGGCGCCUUGGGGAGACCCAUCGCAGCAUGAUAUGAUGCCGUACACAGCAAUGCCAACAUCGAGCAACAUGGCCGCGGCAGCCUAUUUCCCAAGUCCCUCCACUACGCCCAAUAUGCGUCCGGCAGUCAGGCACAAGUCUUCAUCAUCGGGAGGCGGCGGUUCUUGCACUUGCUUCACCGUUUGCCUGCAGUCACUCCAGGCCCUGCACAACGCUUCGUCCCCACAAGCGCCGCCCUUCGAUCUUGUGCUCUCCCUCAACCGCAAGGCUGUAGAGGGAUGUGCCGCCAUGCUUUCUUGCAACAGAUGCAUGAGCCGCUCGGGCACUCACACAGCCGCCAUGCUUCUGGCCACCGUCAUCGGCAAGAUCACAAGCUUUUACAAGAACGCCAGCCACACCUACUUUGAGAACGGCAUGGUGCCCCAGGUCAACCAGCUCAGCCCCGGGGGAGGGCUCGGCGUCAGCCUCGGUGCGUACACGCUGGGUGGUGAGGAUGGCAGAUGGCUCGAGCUUGAGAUCCUGAAUCGCGAGCUUCGCAAGUUGGAGGAGGUCUACGCGCAGUUCCGUGAGGUGUGUGCCGAUCUCUCGGAAGAUCCUGAAGUCAGCAAAGCCAUGAUUGGCUACCUCGGCCACAACCUUGGCACGACACUUGAGGUCGUCAGCCAUCGCAAAGGAGACAUGAGCUAUGCUUAG